AUUCAUCCUAAAUGCAGUGAGGGCCAACAGGGCCGCCAGAUCCAGGAGAGAGUCACAGUGUUACGCCUCAGUCUUAACGACUGCGGGCUGUGAUCUCUGCAACAUCUCUGACAACAAGGAGGCAACCCUGUGUUUCUGAGAUUCUGCAUCCUCUGCCUGCGUGUGACAAAUGACAAAACUCUUGAAAUGACUUGUCUGCUGUUUCAAACCGGCUUUCACAUCAAUCCAUGUUUUUACACCCAUAUGGCGAGACUGUCUUUUAAACCUGUAAACCUCCAUCUUUUUUUGUCUAAUCGCAAUUAAAGAAUCACCAGCCUCGACCUCGGGGUUAAUUUAUUGAUGUGCUUUUAAAAUGCAGCUGAUAUCGAUGUAAUUUUUCAUGCAUCAAUUUUACGCAGUUAGUUCCUGUCCCCCCUUUCUUUUUUGUUUGUUGUUGUUGUGGAGGAAUGCGUUACCAGCAGUGUCAGUGCUAGACAAAGCUUGCCUUUGGUGAGGAUCUAAUUUGUAGCGCUUAGUAAUAAAAAAGAAAAGAAAGAGGAGAGAUCAUUUCCAAUCUUGCGCGGUGGGAGGGAAGAUUUGUGCAAUCAGUCAGACAGAAGAAUCAGGAGAGGAAGGAGAAGAAGAAGAGGACGAAAAGUAGGAAAUCUCUGCAACCCCUGGAGUCUCAUUCAGCACCACUCGCUACUGGACAGCGUCAGAGCAGCGGAGAAACGGGAGAUUUGUUCAAACCUCGAGUCUGGGAGUAACACCGCAUCUGCACAGGGCGCUUUAUUUCUCCCCACAACUAACAACACUUACUAAUUCAUACUGGCGUUUUGACUUCCCACCUCUGUCUUCUUUUUUCUUGGAAAACAAACAAACAAACAACAACCAAACAAUCCGUGUGGCGGGUUUGGCCACAGCGUUUAAACAGGAGGCGAGUGCUGACUGGAGCUGGCGCCGCCAAACACAGACGCAGGAAGAAAAAGAAGAAAAAAAAAAACCCAACUGGACGGCAUCAGAGAUCGCAGAAGUUAAUUUUCUCCACUUUAGGCUCACUUAUAUCGGGAGGGCUUAAAGGAGCCUGCUGUGGAACCCACUUGUUCCUCUCGUGACUUUCUGCCUGCUUGAAGGACCAAGAGGAGAACUAAAUGCACCAGAGCGAUUCUGGAGAAGCAGAGAAGAAAGGCUAACUUCCCAUUUUUGUUCUUGCCUUACGAGAACGCUCUCUGUGGACUCCUGUCACAGCUCACCCUGUACUGUUUAGUUACUGCAUGUAGUCACCACUCUCAGGUGCAGGAAAAGAGUGAAACACAAAGAGGAAAGAAGAGAGAGAGAAAGGCUGCAUAAUUAUUAUUACAGAGUUUGUGUCAGAGCUUGAAACCAUGAGAAGAGGCUUCUGAAGACGACUGUGCUCUGAAAAACAUUGCGGCUUACCUUCAGGACAUUUGUACGCGUGUGUGGGUAUAUGUGUGCACACCGCUUUCAUUUUCAAAGGACUUGAAUUUGUAUUUGGAUGCGGAUUUAGCCUUUCAUUAUGACUCUACGAGGAGGUUUUGAGAGAGCGUGGAUUGGCUGCCACAGAGGUGUCUGCUGCUGGGUGUUGCUGCUGGCUUAUUAUUUCUUCAUCGCCUCGGCAGCCAAACCCAAAAUGCCAGGCCACACACACCUCAAUUCAAUACGCAUUGAUGGGGACAUUUCUCUGGGUGGGUUGUUCCCAGUACAUGCAAGGGGAAACGAUGGCAAAGCCUGUGGGGAGCUGAAGAAGGAGAAAGGGAUUCAUAGGCUAGAGGCCAUGUUAUUUGCCCUGGAUCGUAUCAAUAAUGACAAUGAGCUGCUGCCUAAUAUCACUCUGGGGGCACGUAUCCUGGACACCUGCUCCCGGGACACCCAUGCUCUGGAACAGUCACUGACAUUUGUUCAGGCACUGAUUGAGAAAGACUCAACUGAUGUCAAGUGUCUCAGCGGAGGGCCGCCCAUUAUCACUAAGCCUGAGAGAGUGGUGGGAGUGAUUGGUGCAUCUGCCAGCUCUGUGUCAAUCAUGGUAGCCAACAUUUUGCGUCUCUUCAAGAUCCCUCAGGUGAGCUACGCCUCCACGGCUCCCGAGCUGAGUGAUAACACCCGCUAUGACUUCUUCUCCCGGGUGGUGCCCCCAGACACCUACCAGGCCCAGGCCAUGGUGGACAUUGUCAAAGCCAUGCGCUGGAACUACGUCUCCACUGUAGCUUCUGAGGGAAACUAUGGAGAAAGUGGUGUUGAUGCGUUUAUUCAAAAGUCUCGAGAGGACGGUGGUCUGUGCAUUUCCCAGUCGGUGAAAAUACCACGUGAACCAAGAUCUGGAGAGUUUGACAAGAUCAUUCGCAGGCUGAGUGAGAACCCUAAUGCCCGAGUAGUCAUUAUCUUUGCCAAUGAGGAUGACAUCAGGCGGCUCCUUCAAGCAGCUAAGAAGGCCAAUCAAACAGGCCAUUUCAUCUGGGUAGGUUCAGACAGCUGGGGCUCUAAAAUCACCCCAAUACUGAACCAGGAAGAAAUGGCAGAAGGUGCUGUCACCAUCCUACCCAAACGACAGUCCAUCAAAGGUUUUGAUCGCUACUUCAUCAGCCGAACACUAGAGAACAACAGAAGGAAUAUCUGGUUUGCAGAGUUCUGGGAGAAUAACUUCCAAUGCAAGCUUAGUCGGCAUGCUGUGAAGAAAGGAUCUGGCAUCAAGAAAUGCACAAACCAUGAGCGGAUUGGGAAAGAUUCAUCCUACGAACAAGAGGGGAAAGUUCAGUUUGUGAUUGAUGCAGUUUAUGCCAUGGCUCACGCUCUACACAACAUGCACAAAGAUCUCUGUCCUGGAAAAGUCGGCCUCUGUUCCAAGAUGGAUACCAUCAACGGCACGCUGCUGCUCAAGUACAUCCGCAAUGUCAACUUCACAGGAAUCGCUGGCACCCCGGUGGUCUUCAACGUGAAUGGAGAUGCUCCUGGUCGCUAUGAAAUCUACCAAUACCAGAUCACAAAUAACACCACAGAAUACAAGAUCAUUGGUCACUGGACAGAUCAGCUCCACUUAGACACCAAUGAGAUGCAGUGGCCUGGUGGAACACAAGAAGUACCCUCCUCUAUAUGCAGCCAACCCUGCCGUCCUGGGCAACGCAAGAAGAUAGUGAAGGGAAUUCCAUGUUGUUGGCACUGCGAGAAUUGUGAUGGUUACCAGUAUCAGGCAGACACUUACACCUGCAAGAUGUGCCGCUUUGAUUUGCGGCCUAAUGGGAACCACACUGGCUGCGAUCCCAUUCCCAUUGUCAAGCUGGAGUGGAGUUCCCCAUGGGCAGUCAUCCCUGUUCUCAUUGCUGUCCUGGGCAUCAUGGCCACUCUGUUUGUGGUCGUCAGCUUUAUACGCUACAAUGACACACCCAUUGUCAAGGCAUCAGGUCGAGAACUGAGCUACGUGCUGCUGACGGGUAUCUUUCUGUGCUAUGCUACAACAUUCCUCAUGAUCUCCACUCCUGAUGUGGUUAUAUGCUCCCUGCGAAGGAUUUUCCUGGGCCUGGGUAUGAGUAUAAGCUAUGCAGCACUGCUUACCAAGACAAAUCGGAUCUACAGGAUUUUUGAGCAGGGCAAGAUGUCGGUCAGUGCCCCUCGAUUCAUCUCCCCAGCCUCUCAGUUAGUCAUCACAUUCAGCCUGAUAUCACUGCAGCUCCUUGGAGUGUGCAUCUGGUUUGGUGUUGACCCAUCACAAGCCAUCAUCGACUAUGAGGACCAGCGUACAGCCAAUCCUAAAAUGGCCCGUGGUGUUCUGAAAUGUGAUAUAUCAGACCUGUCCCUCAUCUGUCUGCUGGGUUAUAGCAUGCUGCUGAUGGUCACCUGCACAGUUUACGCCAUCAAGACCAGAGGGGUUCCCGAGACAUUCAACGAGGCCAAGCCCAUCGGCUUCACCAUGUACACCACCUGCAUUGUAUGGCUUGCCUUCAUCCCCAUCUUCUUUGGGACCUCACAAUCAGCAGAAAAGAUGUAUAUCCAGACCACAACCCUGACCAUCUCUGUAAGCCUCAGUGCGUCAGUCUCUCUGGGAAUGCUCUACAUGCCUAAGGUCUACGUGGUUCUCUUCCAUCCAGAGCAGAACGUACCCAAGCGCAAGCGCAGCCUGAAGGCUGUGGUCACUGCAGCCACCAUGUCCAACAAGUUCAACCCCAAAGGCGGCCUGAGGCCCAAUGGAGAGGCCAAGUCUGAACUCUGUGAAAGUCUUGAAACACAAGACUGUGUUGAGGGUGGGGAGCCUUGUGAGGGACUUUAGACUCUCAGUGUUGGCCUCCAAGCAGACAUACAUAAGCUACAGUAACCAUGCCAUCUAAGCCAGAGACGAACUGUGGAACCGGAGCAAGGGCCUGCCUGAGGAGAAAUCACCUGGUUCUGGGAAAUACUGGGGAAACACUGGAGGAUUUCCAAGCUGCUACAGCAGAGAGGACUGGGGUGGAAAGAUGGGAAUUUGUCACUCCAUAAAUAUAAAGGAUGUCAUAUUUUUCUAGAGAAUCAGGUAAAGGCUUGAAUGCCAAAUUUAUGAGAAAUUAGUAGAUUUGCAGGAAGGAGAUGGGAGAUGUAAGGGAGACUGGACAGUUAAUUUUCCUCUUCCCACCCUUUAUGAGACAAGUGAGCAUUGAGUAGUGACGUUUCCAGAUGCAGGCUGAGUGAACAAACUGGAGACUACAGUAUGUUUUUCUUCUGAAGUGUAUAGCACACAAAUUCAGUUCUCUCUGAGGCUGAAUCGUUUCAUUUCAACAAAAACAGGGGAAAAAGUGUUUUGUUUUUACUCAAGUCAAAUGCAGUUGACAAGAUGAAAUAGUAUAAAAAUAUAGUCAUUAUUUUUGGUUACAGGUAUUAUUGGGGUUGAAAGCUGCAGUACUCUUUAAACUGUACAUGCCUUACUAGAGUACAUUCAGUAUUCCUACAUGAACUAACCAUAUCUGAAACACCGGAAAAUAAAAGCAGUGGGUCAUCCCAGUUUUUUUUUUUUUUUAAAUGUUUCAUAAUAAUGAUGAUGAUGUCCUCAUCUUAGCAAACCUAGUGUACAGUCCCAGAGCAUGCUUGUGGGAGCAUCACGUGUACUGUGCUGUGUUGUCAACGUCUAUGGAAUGCAACAUUUGUCAUGGUCAUUCACAAUGGAGAUGUCAUUUUGGACCAUUACCCACUGGGUUACCCUCUGCUAAAUAAAGAGCAAUUUCAAACACAAAAGGAGCAAAACUAAAAACAAAUAGCCAUGGAAUACCUUUAAAGUUUUCACCACACUCCAUAAAUGUCAGCCAGGACUUAAGAGACUUGUCGAUGCAUCCCAGAUUUAUUGGCCCUUAUUUAUCAUGCGCUUGUUGACAGCAGUUGGAUGAUUGUGAGAAAUUCAAGUUGCCCCAUUUGUUAAACUUCCAUCCCAGCCAACAUUAAAGUUACAAUUCUUGAGAUAAUAAUAAUAAUACACUUGCAUUUAGUGUUUCCUCAAACAAGUGACACUUUCCACCAUUAUUUUCGUAUUAUCUUGUUUUUUCUGUAUUUGUGUAUUUCUAUGUUUAGAGAUAUAGUAUAUAAAAUAUAAUCUUAAUUUUUAUAGCAGUGAACCUAGGGGCAGAAUAUACCGUUAUUCUAAAUGCUUGAUUUUUGAAGGAAUAAAACAACACAUCAGGCUUUUGUCAUACCAGAUAUAUUAUCUUUAAAGCUUGAUGGUACAGUAUGAUAGAUUGCAUAGGACAGUAUUACAUGGGGACCACCUAUGAUUUGUGAUAGAUAAUCAUGUAAUCUGUGUUCCUUCUAGGCUACAAUGGAAAUGAUUAAUGAGAGUUUUAAAAGUAUUUUGGGUACAAAAUAAGGCUCAUGUAGCUACUCAGCAUGAAGACCCAUUUGGAGAAGGUGCAAGCUCAGUUCCACCAAACAGCCAAAAUGUUCGAAGAUAAUUAGGUGGAUGAAAUGCAUAUCAUUUCCUAAGGAGUGUUUUACCUUUCAACAGGCUCAGUAUGAUCUUUUGAGGGUUAACACUAUAUUAUGUUCUGUUUAAACAUUCUCGACAAUCCUUGGGAAUAGUAUUUUGAUUAUUAUUUUGCAUACAUAAUUGGUCAUUUAUUUUCACAUAUAAAUACAUGAAACAGUCACUUCAUUUAGCCAAAGCGGACUUUGUUACAGUAAACCUGCAUUAAGUGAAAUGGUCACUCAUAGUGUGGAUCCCACUGAGAAUUAACACUAAAGUCUGCAGCUCUAUGCAGCUUUUAGCUUCAUUUAGCGUAUUGUUUGGGUUUUUUGGCCAACAUAUAAACUGUAGGGUUGAGUUUUUAAGGCUCUCAUCAACCCCCUGAUAUAAAAGUAUAGACACUAAUUUCCAGGAAACACACUCAGACACAAUGACUGGACUCCACCUUCCCAUGAAACAGCAGAGAAAAUUAAGUAAACCAGUGACUGGAAAUGAAAGUUUAGCAUUUAGUGACCCUGAGAACAGAGCUAGGCCAGUGAAUAUUAGACUUACGUUCGUCAGGUGGUCAGAAGCAUGACACCAAGAGGAUACCCAUGUUGUUCUGUGUAUGAGGGAUGUUCAAUUAGAAAGUUGUUUGCUAACUUGUUAAUGUUUGUUUUAGAGCCUUUCUCCCCCCCAUAGUGGUCAAAAAUCGUUUAAUGCGUCUUUAAAUUUCUAUGGAGUUGAUAAUCACGUCUCCUUCUGUCUAACAUACAUUCAUUGAUUUUCACAGUUAUAUUGACAACCUCUCAUUUUUUAAUUAAAAGGGGGGAUGUAUAGCUGCUUGAUAAAUAAGGGCCAGUGCCUUCAUUCUGUGCCUCAUAGCCAUUAAACUACUCCUGCCAUUCUUUCCAUAGAUCCUUCAUGGUGUUGUUUGCGUUGCAUCCAUUACCUUUGAGGUGUAUUCUGUUCAAACACAAGGAAGAGUACUCAAUGUACAAUUUAUAAUUAGGUGUGUAAACUCCAUUUCUGUCUCCAGUCUCUAAAGUAUUUGUUAUAAACAGUAACUCUGGAAUUUGUCUCAUUAAAUGUUAUCCUCAGCAAUGCAAAAAUAUGUAUGUUGCAUGUCAAAACUCAUAACAAGUCAUGUGAACAAUCUGAGAGAACAGUGUAAUGUCCAGAAGGAAAACUACUGCAGAGGAUUAUAAAUAACUAAUAUUUUGGUUUAAUCAAUGACUCCCUCAGCUCUCAGCUUCAACAAAAGUGUAGGGUGUUGCAGCAAAUGUUGUUUUAAGUAUUGUUUGUGGGAUUGUUUGUGUUUGUGGAACCCCCCCCCCUAUUUUUCUAAAACACUUGUCUGUAUUACAAAAUAGAAUAUGUAAGUGCUGACUGAAAUUAAAUGGCAAGUUAAUGUACGUUAUUAAAAUGGAUUGAUCAUGUCUGCUUUAUGUACUGAAUUAUUUAAAAAAGAAAGAUAAAAAAGAAUUACAGUGCCUGGAUAUUUAUGAAUUAUCUAUAGAAAAAAUAAAAAUGUGUAGAGCAUGUUCAUUUUUAUACAAGAUAUUUCUAAUAAAAGACUGUUUUGCUAGUAAA